AUGGAAGUGGCAGGGAAGGACCUGGCCCAGGCUUCUGGAGCCAUUGGAGGAGGUGUUGAUGAACUGAAGCUGGUGAAUGGAGGAAGCCCUUGUGCUGGGAGAGUGGAGGUUAAACAUAAUAACGACUGGGGAGGAGUAUGUGAUAAGAACUGGAACCAGAAAAAUGCUGAGGUUGUUUAUUUCAUGGAUCUGAGGCUGGUAAAUGGUGGUGACUGUGCUGGGCGGCUGGAAGUUUUCUACAAUGGGACUUGGGGGAGUGUUUGCUCCAAUCUCAUGACUGACAUCACAGCAGAUCUUGUAUGCAAGCAGCUGGGAUGUGGAAAUGGAGGAGAUUUUGCAAGAGACUUUGCAUAUGGAGAGGGUUCUGGCCCCACAUGGUUGGACCAUGUUGUCUGCCUUAACCAGCACAGCUCCCUGUGGCAGUGCCCAUCGGAUCCUUGGGACCCACAGUCAUGUGAUAACCGAGCAGAAGAGACCCAUAUUAUAUGUUCAGGAAGAAAAGUGAACUCCACUCAGACCUUGCUAAACAAAUGCCCAAACUCCACAAGCUGCACAGACAAGGAGAAGCUGCGUGUUGUGGAAGGAAAGGACAGAUGCUCGGGGAGAGUGGAGGUUUGGCACCACGGCUCCUGGGGAACGGUGUGUGAUGAUUCCUGGGACAUGGCAGAUGCUGAUGUUGUGUGCAAACAACUGGGCUGUGGAGCUGCUGUAUCUGCCCUGGGAAAGGCUGCAUUUGGGGAGGGGACUGGCCCCAUCUGGCUGGAGAAGGUGAAUUGCAAGGGAACAGAGUCGUCUCUGUGGGACUGUUGUGCUGAGCCCUGGGGAGACAGUAAAUGCUACCACAAGGAAGAUGCUGCUGUGAACUGCUCUGGUGCGACACAGACAACAGCAUCGCCACUGAGAACAGGUAAAGCACACCCUCUGCCUCCCACUGAGGGUUAUAGUUUUCAGGUGCUGAUUUCCCAGGGCGAUAAGCUGUAG